AGAGAAGAAGAAUAUAAGAAACAACAAGAAGAAAUUGCAAGAAAAGUAAAUGAAGAAAGGUUGCGAAUUGAAAAAGAAAAGAAACGUAUUGAAGAAGAAAGAAUCAAAGAAAAUGAAUUAAAAAAAGAAGAAGAAGAACGAAAAAGAAUAGAAGAAGAAGAAAGAAAAAGACGAGAAGAAGAAGAAGAAAAAAUAAAGAAAGAAGAAGAGAAAAAACGAUUAGUAGAAGAACAAAAGAGAUUAGAAGAACAGAAGAAAAGGGUUGAAGAAGAACUACGCCAAAAAGAAGAAGAACAAAGAAAGAAAGAAGAAGAAAUACAAAGAAAAGAAGAAGAAAGAGCUAAAGUUGCUGAAGAAGAAAAGAGACAGAUUGAGGAAGAAAGGAAUAAAAGAGAGGUUGAAGAAAAGAAGAGAAAGGCAUUAGAAGAAGAGGAGUUAAAGAAAAAAGAAGAAGAAGAAAAACAAAGAAGAGAAGAGUUUGAAAGAAGAAGAAAAGAAGCAGAAGAAGAAAGACUUAAAAAAGCCAAAGAAGAUCUAGAAAGAUAUCAAAAAGAAAAAGCUGAAAGACUAAAAAGAAAACAAAAAGUAAGUGUUGGAAAUCUUGUAUAUAUUCCUUCAGUCACUGAAAAUAAAGUUAGAUCUCCUAUUGGGUCUCCUAGACUCUCAGACGUUGUUAAACAAAAAAUAGAUGAAAAGGAUAACCUUGUUGACCCAUCAAUCGUCAAUCAUAAUAUACAACCAAGAAGAAGAAAAGUUGUUACUGAAAGAAAUGAUAAAACUUUAAUCGAAGUCAAGAAAACACCUCAACAACAUUUAAAAGAAAGUUUAAAUCCAUCCAAGUCAACGAAUUGUAUUAUUUCUGCCCCAUCAAGUGUUUCUUCAACACCAACUAUAUCACCAAUCUCAACACCAUCAAAGUCUAAAGAAGAAACUCCAAGAAAACAUACAAUCAAUUCAUUUACAUCAGAAAGUAUAUCUGAGACACCUAAACAUUCACUCAAACAAUCUAAAAUAGAGAAACAUAAAAGUCUUAGGUCAUCAAAAACAAUUUCUUUCUCCAAAAAAGAUAAGAAAAAAGACAAAAAAGAAAUAGAUGAUUUAGUUCCAGAGACGGUAGAUGGAGAAGAAGUUCAACUUGAACGAGAGGCAGUUACAGGAAGAAAGAGAAACAAGAAAGAAAGAAACAAGAAAGCAAAAGGAGGGGAUUGUGUUUUGCUUUAA